GCUUCAUCGAUCUCCUUCAUUUUCGACAUUUUUGCUCUCGUCUUUUGGAUCGGUGGAUCCAUUCUUUCUCUUCUUUCUCGCCGUCAGAGAUCGAGAGGGGGAGAGAGAGGAGAGCGAGAAACGCUAAUGGCGGUGGUAUCGGCCCUAGCGAAGUAUAAGUUGGUCUUCUUGGGGGAUCAAUCCGUGGGGAAGACCAGCAUCAUCACCCGAUUCAUGUACGACAAAUUUGAUACCACAUACCAGGCUACAAUUGGGAUCGAUUUUCUGUCAAAGACAAUGUACCUUGAAGAUCGUACCGUUCGCUUGCAGCUUUGGGAUACUGCUGGACAGGAGAGAUUCAGGAGUCUUAUUCCAAGCUACAUCAGAGAUUCUUCUGUUGCAGUAAUCGUUUAUGAUGUGGCCAAUCGGCAAUCAUUUUUAAACACUUCAAAGUGGAUUGAGGAAGUACACACAGAACGAGGUAGCGAUGUUAUCAUUGUCCUUGUAGGAAACAAGACCGAUCUUGUUGACAAAAGGCAAGUUUCAAUUGAAGAAGGAGAAGCGAAGGCCCGUGAAGUUGGGGUCAUGUUCAUUGAAACGAGUGCCAAAGCAGGCUUCAACAUCAAGCCUCUCUUCCGCAAGAUUGCCGCAGCCUUACCGGGGAUGGAGACUCUUUCUUCUACCAAACAGGAAGACAUGGUUGAUGUCAACUUGAAGCCAACUGUCAACACCUCGCAGACAGAGCAGCAAUCAGGAGGAUGUUCGUGCUAGAGAUACACUUGCAGAGUAUACGGGCAGAAGAAGAGUUGGCCAAGGAGAGUUUUGCAAAGGUUGAUCCAGGUGCAUUUUAGAGGUUUUGAUAUACAUGAGGCUGGAGAGGAGUUGUUCUUUUGGAUUUCGCAGUAGGCUACCAACUGAUCUCCUUAAUUGAAGCUACGGCAUUAUACUGCUCCAGAAUUCGUUGCUUUCUCUGUGUCACAUUUGCAUAGCAAAAUCCAUCUCUUUGAUUUGUUCCAUUUUCUUCUUUCCCACAGCUGGUGGUUCUUGUUAAGGUAGGGUAUGAACCGUACCGCCACUUUCUUCUUUUUUGUGCUGGGAAAUGGGAAGUAUUUAUAGAUCUGACGUUUACUGGUAAUACACAGU